AUGGAUCCUUCAUCAAUGAACAACCCUGAGCUCCUUCAGUUCAUCAACCAAGAGAAGGAAAGAGCAAUGGUGAACGAGAUGGUGGGAAAGCUUACAAAUGUAUGUUGGGACAAGUGCAUCACUGGUACGCCCGGGAGCAAGUUCAGUUCCAGUGAAUCAGCUUGCCUUGCGAACUGUGCCCGCCGUUAUUUGGAUAUGAGUAUGAUUAUUAUGAAGCGUUUUCAGAACAUGCAAUGA